UCUAUUAGAGCUGCUGGAUCGUUAGGUGGGCAGGUCCCUUGCACAAGUAAAUCUGGACAGCUCCUCCCCACAUUUCCUCUCUGUUCCUCCUUCUCAACAUCCUGGCUUAGCAUUGUGCACAAAAUCAGAGAGGCGUGCAGGACCCAGAUUUUGCAGGAGUUCAAGCGACAAUGGCAGCCAAAUUCAGCAGUGUGGACUUCAACCUCGGCACACCAGGGGCCAGUUAUGGGCCUGGAAGCCAAGAGCCCAGACAUUCCCAGUUGAGAAUUGUGUUAGUGGGUAAAACUGGAGCAGGAAAAAGUGCAACAGCAAACAGCAUCCUUGGAGAGAAAGUGUUUCAUUCUGGCAUUGCAGCAAAAUCCAUUACCAAGAAUUGUGAGAAAUGCAGCGGCAUGUGGAAGGAAACAGAACUCGUCGUGGUUGACACGCCAGGCAUUUUCGACACUGAGGUGCAGAAUGCUGACACGUGCAAAGAGAUCGUUCGCUGCAUCCUCCUGACCUCCCCAGGGCCUCAUGCUCUGCUUCUGGUGGUCCCACUAGGCCGUUACACCAAGGAAGAGCAGCAGGCCACAGAGAAGAUCCUGAAAAUGUUUGGAGAGAGGGCUAGAAGAUUCAUGAUUCUCCUAUUCACCCGGAAAGAUGACUUAGAUGGCACCAAUUUGCAUGAUUACUUAAUGGAAGCUCCAAAAGGCAUUCAAGACUUGAUGAACAUUUUUGGUGACCGCUACUGUGCGUUCAACAACAGGGCAACAGGCGCUGAGAAGGAGGCCCAGAGGGCGCAGCUGCUGGCCCUGGUCCAGCUCGUGGUGAGCAAGAACAAAGGAGGCUGCUACACUAACAGGAUGUACCAAAUGGCCGAGGAGGAGAUCCAGAAGCAAACCCAAGCGAUGCAAGAAUGCUACAGAGUGGAGAUGGAGAGAGAGAAAGCACGGAUAAGAGAGGAGUAUGAAGAGAUAAUCAGCAAGCUGAGAGAUGAAAUGGAGCAGGAAAAGAGAAGGGCACAAAUGGCGAAGGAACUAGCAGAACAGGAGGCUCUCUGUGUCGCAAGGCAGCAAGAGGCAAGAAUGGAAGUGGAGAAUCAGAAUGGGAUGCUUGAAUUAAUCAUUAAUGCAUUAAAGAUUGCUUUCUUAAUUUUCUCACGUGUGUUCAUGGAAGAUUAAACUUAAUGAAAACCUGUUUGUA